GCAAAUACGUUUAAGCGUCACAGCCCUGUCCAGCCCUUCCUCGGUGUGCGUGCUUUGCUUCCAGCCUUGAAUUACAGACAUCAUGGCGUCCUUAUCCAUGGCUCCGGUCAGCAUCUUCAGACAUGGAGCUGAUGAAGAAAAAGCAGAAACUGCACGACUGUCUUCUUUCGUGGGUGCCAUCGCCAUUGGAGACUUGGUGAAGAGCACUCUUGGGCCAAAGGGGAUGGAUAAGAUUCUGCUCGGUGGAGGAAAAGGCGGGACGGUGACGGUAACCAACGACGGAGCGACCAUCCUGAAGGCCAUCGGGGUCGAUAACCCGGCUGCCAAAGUUCUGGUUGACAUGUCAAAGGUUCAGGAUGAUGAAGUCGGAGAUGGGACGACCUCUGUCACCGUGCUUGCCGCCGAGCUACUGAGGGAGGCAGAGCUUCUCAUUGCUAAGAAAAUCCACCCUCAGACAAUCAUCUCUGGCUGGAGGAAGGCGACCCAGGUGGCCAGGGAGGCUUUGAAAGAUGCUGCUGCUGACCACAGCAACGACCCAGAUCGUUUCCAGGAGGACCUGCUGAACAUCGCCCGCACCACGCUGUCCUCCAAACUGCUGACUCACCACAAAGAUCACUUCGCCAAGCUGGCUGUGGAUGCCGUCAUGAGGCUGAAAGGCUCUGGGAACCUGGAGGCCAUUCACGUCAUCAAGAAGCUGGGAGGAAGCCUCACUGAUUCCUACCUGGACGAAGGUUUCCUGUUGGAUAAGAAGAUUGGAGUGAACCAACCGAAGAGGUUGGAGAAUGUCAAGAUCCUGAUCGCCAACACUGGCAUGGACACUGACAAAAUCAAGAUCUUCGGCUCCAGAGUUCGCGUAGACUCCACAGCGAAGGUCGCUGAGAUUGAGCUGGCCGAGAAACAGAAGAUGAAGGAGAAAGUCGAGCGAAUCCUGAAGCACGGCAUCAACUGCUUCAUCAACAGACAGCUGAUCUACAACUAUCCAGAGCAGCUGUUUGCUCAGGCUGGAGUCAUGGCCAUCGAGCACGCCGACUUCACUGGCGUUGAGCGCCUCGCCCUCGUUACUGGCGGUGAGAUCACCUCCACCUUCGACCACCCGGAGAUGGUGAAGCUCGGUCACUGCAAGCUGAUUGAGGAGGUGAUGAUCGGCGAGGACACGCUCAUCCAUUUCUCUGGGGUUGCCAUGGGUGAGGCCUGCACAGUCGUCCUGCGAGGAGCCACCCAGCAGAUCCUGGACGAGGCCGAGCGCUCGCUGCACGACGCCCUGUGCGUGCUGGCCCAGACUGUGAAGGAGCCGCGGACCGUUUACGGAGGAGGCUGCUCUGAGAUGCUGAUGGCGAAGGUUGUGAGCGAUCUGGCCCACAGGACGCCGGGAAAGGAGGCGGUUGCCAUGGAGUCAUUUGCCAAGGCUCUCAGUAUGUUGCCGACCAUCAUUGCAGACAACGCUGGCUACGACAGCGCCGACCUGGUGGCUCAGCUGAGAGCUGCACACCAAGAGAAUAAGAUCACAUAUGGACUCGACAUGUCCCAAGGCUUGAUAGGAGACAUGGUGGCACUCGGAAUCACCGAGUCGUUCCAAGUAAAGCGUCAGAUGCUUCUGAGCGCCUCCGAGGCGGCUGAGAUGAUCCUGAGAGUGGACAACAUCAUCAAAGCUGCUCCCAGGAAGAGAGUCCCUGACCAUCACCCCUGCUAAAGCCAGGAUUCAGACGCAAACAGGAGACGGAUGAGAUUUAUUUAUCACUUCUGUGUAGUCCAGAUUCAGUUUCUUUUUCCUGUUAGAUGCACCCCAUCGGCUGACUUCAGAUCAGUUCGCAGCUCUCUGGUAUUGCUUUGCUGCCGAAAAUAUUUAGAAAAAGGUUUGGAUGUUGUUUUUGUUUACUGAAAUAAAUAAACGGAAGCUCGG